AUGUAUGCCGAUCGGAAUGUUCGUGAUUUCGAAUUUAUAGAUGGUGAGCAGAUUCAUCAGAAGGUUUCACCCAUGAGGGGUGUGAAGCGAUUUGGGAAGAGGGGAAAGUUGAGCCCGAGAUACACUGGUCCAUUAGAGAUUCUCUGUCAUCUUGGUGUUGUUGCUUAUGAGUUAGCCUUGCCAACCGGCCGGUUAGGUAUUCAUCCGGUAUUCUAUGUUUCUAUGCUGAAGAGAUACCAUUCAGAUGGGACUUAUAUCAUUCGUUGGGAUCUUUUAUUGCUUGAUGAGAAUCAGUCAGAUGAGGAGGAGCCUAUAGCUAUCUUAGAAAGGCAGGUGAAAAAGUCGAAAUCCAAGGAGAUAGCUUCUGUUAAGGUGCAAUAG